AAGAUGAUCCCAAUCGUGUUGGCCUCCAUCCUCUUCGCCAGCGCCUAUGGGUGUGGCACACCCCCCAUCGAGCCACUGUCCUCGAGAGUGGUCAACGGAGUGGACGCCCAUCCCCACAGCUGGCCCUGGCAGAUCUCUCUGCAGUAUCUGAGGGACAAUGAGUGGAGGCACACCUGCGGAGGGUCUCUGAUCGCCACCAACUGGGUCAUGACUGCUGCCCACUGUAUCAACACAAAGCUGACCUACAGGGUGUUCGUCGGAAAGCACAACCUGCUGCUGGAUGAGCCCGGGUCCCAGGCCAUCACCCCCGAGACGCUGAUCGUCCAUGAGAAGUGGAACCCCAUCCUGGUUGCCCUGGGUAACGACAUCGCCCUGAUCAAGCUUUCGGAGCACGUGACCCUGAGUGACCAGGUCCAGCUGGCCUGCAUACCUGCAGCUGAGACCAUCCUGGCCCACGAGUACCCCUGCUACAUCACUGGCUGGGGCAGACUCUACACCAACGGCCCCAUUGCUGAUAACCUGCAGCAGGCCCUGAUGCCUGUGGUGGAUCAUGCCACCUGCACCAAGCCUGACUGGUGGGGCCCUGCUCUCAGAAAAACCAUGGUUUGCGCUGGAGGAGAUGGCGUCGUUGGUGGCUGCAAUGGUGAUUCCGGUGGCCCCCUGAACUGUAGGAACCCUGAAGGAGUCUGGGAGGUGCACGGUAUUGCCAGCUUUGUCUCUGGCCUGGGCUGCAACUACAUUAAGAAGCCCACUGUCUUCACUCGCGUCUCUGCCUUCAAUGACUGGAUCAGCCAGGCUAUGAUGAACAACUAAGAAGUACUUGGAGAAAGUGUGCUUCAGUGUUUCCAAUAAACAGGC